UCACGUACCCCUUGUCAUACCUUCAAGUACCUCCAGGGGCACGCGUCCCCCCACUUGAGAACCACUGACGUCAUGCCAAGUGUCCCUGUUCGCCGGCCUGGGAAACCCCUAGCGCGGAGCUGCCAACGCCCGACGUAAAGACACAAAUAGGAGUUACGGUGUUUGAUGUGAAUACCAGAAAAGAGAGCUAUGCAGACCAUUAAGUGUGUCGUAGUUGGGGACGGUGCGGUGGGUAAAACCUGCCUGCUCAUCUCCUACACCACAAACAAGUUCCCCUCUGAAUAUGUACCUACAGUGUUUGACAAUUAUGCUGUAACUGUAAUGAUCGGAGGUGAACCCUAUACUCUGGGAUUGUUUGAUACUGCAGGUCAGGAAGACUACGACCGGUUACGACCUCUGAGUUACCCCCAGACCGAUGUCUUCCUUGUUUGUUUCUCCGUAGUGUCCCCCUCGUCAUUUGAAAACGUCAAAGAAAAGUGGGUUCCAGAAAUCACCCACCAUUGUCCAAAGACCCCCUUCCUGUUAGUCGGCACUCAGAUCGACUUGCGAGAUGACCCCUCCACAAUAGAGAAGCUGGCAAAGAACAAGCAAAAACCCAUAACUCCGGAGACAGCGGAGAAGUUGGCAAGAGACCUCAAGGCUGUGAAGUAUGUGGAGUGCUCAGCCCUUACACAGAAAGGCCUAAAGAAUGUGUUUGAUGAGGCGAUAUUGGCUGCAUUGGAGCCCCCAGAGCCCAAGAAGAAGCGCAAAUGUGUGCUGCUAUGAGAUGCUUCCGCCUUGCACAGCAAACACACGUUACACACACGUUACACACACGCCCCGCCCCCAAGCACCCUCACCAAACAAUUCCAUUACUCGCGUUGAUAGACAGCAAUCCCCCGCCAAAGGGAUGUCUCUCUGCAAUAAGACUCUUUACUCUUAAAUUGGAUUAUUUUAGGGUAGAAGAUUAGCCGAUUUAGGCGGGCUGUGCAGACCCAUUGCCGCUAAUGGGGAUUAUGAUAUGUGGAAUUAAAGACGAAAAGCUUUUAAAUAGAUUUAUUUAAAUACGCUCAAGUGUUGUGGCCUGAUUGACAUUUUACAGGGUUUCUGCGGGUCAUAAAAAAGUAAUGGAUUCAGCAAAAACUAAAUGGCAUUAAAAAGCAUCAAAUUUGAUGAAAAAAAAUAAUGCGGUGAAACCACACAUGCUAUUUAUACAAGUGGGCAAUUAAAGGCAAGCAGCAGUUAACAGUGUCAAUGAUCCGUCACCACGACUGGCAGCUGCUGCUACCACUACAAAAAUGAAAGAAAAUACAGUACAGGCCAUAAGUUUGGACACACCGUCUCAUUUCACUGUUUUAUUUAUUAUUUAUUUUCAAGACUAUUUACUUUGUAGAUUGUCACUGACUGAAGGCAAGAAAACUAUUACACCUCCAUCCAUUUUCUACCGCUUGUCCCUUUUGGGGUUGCGGGGGGCGCUGGUGCCUACUUCAGCUACAAUCGGGUGGAAGGCGGGGCACACCCUGGACAAGUCGCCACCUCAUCGCAGGGCCACUAUGACAACUGUGAAGUAAAAACCCUUUCAGGCGACUAUCUUGAAGUUCAUGGAGAGAAUGCCAAGAGUGUGCAAAGGAGUAAUCAGAGCAAAGGGUGGCUAUGUUGAAGAAACUAAAAUAUAAAACCUCCAUCCAUCCAUUUUUUACUGCUUAUUCCCUUUGGGGUGGAGGGGGGCGCUGGUGCCUUUUUCAGCUACAAUCGGGCGGAAGGCGCGGUACACCCUGGACAAGUCGCCACCUCAUUGCAGGGCCACUAUGACAUCUGGGAAGUGAAAACCCUUUCAGGCGACUACUUGUAACUCAUGGAGAGAAUGCCAAGAGUGUGCAAAGCAGUAAUCAGAGCAAAGGGUGGCUAUGUUGAAGAAACUAGAAUAUAAAACAUGUUUUCAGUUAUUUCACCAUUUGUUUUGUUAAGUACAUAACCCUACAUGUGUUCAUUCAUAGUUUUGGUGCCUUCAGUGACAAUCUACAAUGUAAAUAGUCAUGAAAAUAAAGAAAACACAUUGAAAGAGAAGGUGAGUCCAAACCUUGGUCCUCUACUGUAUAUUGUCAGAUUAAACAGUCUUGUGAGCCAUUUGUAGUUGGCUAGAGUCGCAGUAGUCCAGAUUAUUAUUGUCAAAUGCUUCCAAUUUUGUCUAUACAGACAAUUGUCAGCGUUUGAUUAUAUAAAAUAAUUUUGUCAAAGUUUGUUUUGAUGAAAAACCAUUAAAUUGGACCUGCCCAUACCUGCAGAAACCCUGUCUUAAACGCCCAACCGUCGUGGAGUUUUCACGACACAAGCCCCGCCCCCUCGUCCUCCCGAGUCUUUCCACACGUUCUCAGUACUCGAGGACACAGGGGGAAGGCGCUCGUUUGUUUUUGUUUGCCUUCCCCUCCAAAACACCCGACGUUUUAACCACUAAGUUUUAACAGCAGCGUCGGUGUCCUAAAUGUCAUUCCUGGAAGGGUUUUGCGGUUCCUCCAGAACACGCUCAUUCAGGGAGGAGUGGAAAGAAUUUCCACCCGGGUGGACCCUUACCUGAUCAGUGUUAGAAGAAAAGUGUCCGCUCCACACGUUGACCCCGGGACCAAGUUAGAGUGCAGCGGGAUCCUCGUAGACUUUGAAGGUUCACUCCAUGUCUUUACAUUGUCACGCUGGCAAACUCAAAUGUGAUUGUCAGAGGGAGCACGGCUGCUGCUUUGGAACCUUUUCCACAGCGGACUCUUGCUCAGAUCAACUAUGGCACACAUCUCAGUAGGCGCCGGUUUGUUUUACCAAAAUGUUUAUUUUUCUUCGUUUUUAUCGUUUGUGAUCUUUACAUCUGUUCUCCUCCCCCUCUUAAAGGCCUACUGAAAUGAGAUGUUCUUAUUUAAACGGGGAUAGCAGCUCCAUUCUAUGUGUCAUACUUCAUCAUUUCGCCAUAUUGCCAUAUUUUGGCUGAAAUGAUUUAGUAGAGAACAUCCACAAUAAAGUUUGCAACUUUUGGUCGCUAAUAAAAAAAGCCUUGCCUGUACCGCAAGUAGAAGCCGAUGUACGCGUGACGUCACUGGUGUGAGGGCUUCUCACAUCUGCACAUUGAUUGCAAUCAUAGACACCAGCUGUGCAAGCGAUUCUGACCGAGAAAGCGACAAUUUCCCCAUUAAUUUGAGCGAGGAUGAAAGAUUUGUGGAUGAGAAAAGUUAGAGUGAAGCACUAGAAAAAAAAUGGGCGAGUGCAGUGGGAGCGAUUCAGUAUUAUUAGACACAUUUACUAGGGUAAUUCCGGAAAAUCCCUUAUCUUCUUAUUGUGUUUAGUGUUUUAGUGAGAUUAUAGUCAUACCUGAAAGUUGGACGGGUGCGGGGACCGCCAGUGCCUCUGAGAGAAUUAAGCCAACGGAGGAGCCAAGAUGACAGCUGCUGCAGGAGGACGCUAAGAGCCGACUUAAUAUCACAAUUUUCUCAUCCAAAAACUUGCUGGUUGACAUGUGGUAGAGAAACAUGUUUGCUAAAGCUAUACGACAAACAAAGAAUCACUAGUGUGUUUCGGCUGCUAAAGGCAGCUGCAACCCACCGCUUUCCACUUACAUCUUUCUUCUUUGAUGUCUCCAUUAUUAAUUGAACAAAUUGCAAAAGAUUCAGCAACACAGAUGUCCAGAAUACUGUGUGAGUAUGCGAUUAAAGCAGACUACUUUUAGUCGUGAUCGGUGCUGGAAAAACAUGUCUGCUACAACCGGUGACGUCACACGCACGCGUCGCCAAACGCGUCGUCAUUCCACAAUGUUUUCAACAGGAUACUUCGCGGGAAAUUUAAAAUUGUAAUUUAGUAAAGUAAAGCGGCCGUAUUGGCAUGUGUUGCAAUGUUAAUAUUUCAUCAUUGAUAUAUCAACUAUCAGACUGCGUGGCUUUCAGUAGGCCUUUAAUAAUAUAAGACAUUUAAAUCUAUAGCUGCCAGUUCAUAACAAGACGAUGGUGAGAGGUUUUCUCCAGUGGUUUAAUAAUUAAGCCCAAUAAAAACCUCUUAAUGGCAGAAAGACUGUUCUGUGACAUUUUAAGUUGGCUUUUUUCUUUUACUGGUGGCUUUGACAUCCAGCCCAGGUCGGUAUUAUAAUUAUAACCUGUAGUUGUUUCAACGGAAAGCCAAAUGCUUUUGUCUUUGUUCUUUGUAUAUGCAUUCUUAAAAAUAUUAAACUUAUACCUUAAUUGCCUUUA